CCCAGAGAGCGAGGAUCCAGCUGCUGCUUGGAGGUCCCCACCCCAGCCCUCUCUGCACCCCAAGAAGAAUAUAAGUCCCUCUCUGCCCCACACUGCCCCCUUCCCCCUCUGCAGUCCUGUAGCCCGCUGGAGAAAGGCUGGAAGGUGCCCCUUCCACGGGGCUGGGCAGAAGCAGAGAGGAUUCUUCCCGGUCCUGCAGGGAUGUUCGCUGCCGAGGACCUGUAUGACACCCCCGGGGACAGGCUGGACGCUUUCGUGAAGCACAGCCUGCAGCCCCAGGGGGACUGGAAGGACGAAGUGAAGGAUGCCGGGCAGAGAAUCGAGCAGUUCUUGAGGGAUCAGUGCUUCCACGAUGAGCUGAUCCUGGACCAAGAAGUCAGGGUGCUGAAGGUGGUCAAGGGUGGCUCCACAGGGAAGGGGACGACACUGAACUACAGCUCCGACGUGGACCUGGUUCUGUUUCUGAGCUGCUUCUCCAGCUUCCAAGACCAGGCACAGCUCCGAGGAAUCAUCAUCAGCUUCAUGGAGGAGAAACUGGUUCACUGUAGCAGAAGCCUGGCCUACAAAAUCACUGUGACCCCACACAGAGUGGGGACCAGCGCCCCUCGCUCCCUGUCCAUCCAAGUCCAGUCCAGGAAGAACAGCGGAGUCGUCAGGGUGGACUUGCUCCCGGCUUUCGAUGCUCUGGGACCCUUUUGCCCAGACUCUAAACCAGCACAGGAAAUCUAUGAAAAUUUAAUCACCAGCGCCGGCCGCCCUGGGGAGUUCUCGUCAAGCUUCACCGAGCUGCAGAGGCACUUUGUGAAAAGCUGUCCUGCCAAACUGAAGAGCCUCCUGCAGCUGGUAAAGCACUGGUACCAGCAGUACUUGAAACGUAAAUAUCGAGGCAUGGCAUUACCUCCCAAAUAUGCACUGGAGCUACUGACCAUCUAUGCCUGGGAAAUGGGUACAGACAAAAGUGAGAACUUCGAAAUGGAUGAAGGGCUUGUGGCUGUGAUGGAACUGCUCAGAGAUUACAAAGACAUCUGCGUAUACUGGACCAAGUACUAUAAUUUCCAAAAUGAUGUUGUCAGAAACUUUAUCAGACAACAGUUGAAAGAAUGCAGGCCCAUUAUCCUGGACCCAGCUGACCCCACCAACAACCUGGGGAGGCGAAAAAGAUGGGACCUGGUGGCCCAAGAGGCUGCUUACUGCCUGCAGCAAGCUUGCUGCAGGACUGUGGACCCCCGCCAGGGCUGGGACGUACAGCGAGCAAGGGACGUCCUGGUGACAGUGAAACAGACAGGGGAGGAGGCUUGGACACUCUCGGUGAACCCCUACAGCCCCAUCUGGAAGAUGAAGACAGAGAUCAAGAGAAAGUGUGACUUCAGCGGGCAGCAGCGUCUGUCUUUCCAGGAGCCAGGAGGGCAGCGACAACUUCUCAGCAGCCAGCGGACCCUGGCGGAUUAUGGGAUCUUCUCGAAAGUGAGCAUCCGGGUGCUAGAGACCAUCCCUCCUGAGAUCCAGGUCUUCGUGAAGGACUCUAGCGGCCAGAGCAGGCCUUACGCCAUCCACCCCGAUGACACCAUCCGUGACUUGAAAGAGAAGAUUGAGGAAGCCGGAGGACCUCACGUGGAGGAUCAGAUACUGAAGUUCAAGGGUCGGAAACUGUGGAAUCAUCGCAGCCUGGAAGACCUGCAGAUCGAGGACUGUGACACCAUCACGCUCAUUAAGAGAAGCUGAGAUUAUGGCGACUAUGCCAGGACAGGCAACCUGUAUUGGGUGCCCGUGGUCAGGUUGCCCAUGACGGUCCUACGGUCCCGUUCCCUGCCCCUGCCCCUCUCUAGCCAGACACUGUGCUCUUUGUGAAGCAUAAAUAUGAACAUACCCUCUCCCUUGCUUGAAGUCCUCUGAUGGCUCCCCAUUGCCCACAGAAUAAAGUUCAAGCUCCUGUGCUUGGCAUUCGG